GCUGCAAUCGGUGCGGACCGGACCACUUCUUUUGGGACGUUGCGCGUGGAGGAGACUGGACCUCGGUGCGGUGGUCCUGCGGUGGUUGUGCGGGGGUCUUGCGGUGGUCCUGCGGUGGUCCUGGUGUCCCGGUGAAGGCGUCCCGGUGCUGAAGGAAAACUGGGAAAAUAUCGGGGACUUUUCACAGCUUUGACAGAGAGGAAACACCUACUUUUUUCAGCAUAAUAAACCAAGAGGAAAGUCCAGACAGCUCUCUCCACGCUGUGCGGGGAUCUUAUGGGAAUACUGGAGUGAUUUUUCCUCUGCCCCCCCCCCCUCCCUCGUCCCUCCCUCCCGUUAUCUUCCCACGUAGAGCAGGAGCUGAUCCGGGGCCAGCGGGCAGCUCGAUGCGGCUUUCUGGUGACCCUGCGCCGGCCACCAUGAGCAGCGGCGGCGGGUCCGGUAACUUCCUGCUGGUGCCCAUCCCGGAGUACCCGCUGCUGGACUGCGUGCCCAACAAGACGGUGAAGAUCGUGGUGCUCGGGGCCAGCAACGUCGGGAAAACCGCUCUGAUUGUCAGGUUUCUGACCAAGAGGUUCAUCGGCGACUACGAGGCAAACACCGGAGCGCUCUACUCCAGAAAGGUCGCGCUGGAAGGGGAGGAAGUGUCGCUUCAGAUCCAGGAUACUCCCUGCGUGGCUCUCCAGGACGACGCCGAGGGCCUGCACUGCCAGGAGCAGAUCAACAGGUCGAUCUACUGGGCCGACGGCUACGUGCUGGUUUACUCCAUCACCGACCUGCACAGCUACCGCACCAUCCAGCCGCUGUACCAGCACGUCAGGCGCAUCCACCCCUCCGGGAACAUCCCCGUCAUCCUGGUGAACCCGCGUGGGAAACAAGAGCGACCUGCUGAGGGCCCGGCAGGUGCCGGCGGAGGAGGGCGAGGCGCUCGCGGCUACGCUAGGAGGAUCUUACUUCGAGGCCUCGGCCAGAGAGAACCACGAGGGAGUCCACGCCACCUUCCUCCACCUCUGUCAGGAGGUGGUCCGGGCGCUGGGGGGGGGCAACGGUGAGAAGCGCAGAGGAGGCCUCCACCUGGCCCGACCCAAGUCCCCCAACAUGCAGGAGCUGAAGAGGAGGUUCAGACAGGUCCUCUCCUCCAAGGUCAAGUCGUCCACCGCCCUCUGACCCUGUGACGGCCACCGAGGACUUCGAGGCCCGAGAGCAGUCCGGAGGCGUCCUCAGGAGACAGGGACAGAGGACAGAGACAAUCUGAGCCGUCCUCUGGGGUCCACGUGACCCCUGGGGUCCACGUGACCUCUGGGGAACGGAUCACCAGUCCAGGGAGCGCUCGGCGACCCGACGUCGCUCUGCACGGAUUGAGGAUGAAAAGCUGACCCAAGAAGCAUCAAACGUGGUUUGAGUUUCUUCUCCGUGGAAACGACGCGGACACAAAGUCUCCUCUUUGCUGAAGAAAGAAGUCUGAACCCAAACAGGAAACGACCCUGAAGGCUUUUCCAACCAGACGCUGAGAUUACAUCCAAAUAUGGAUCAUUUUUAUCACGUUUUUAAUUAGAAAAUACACAAUUACUUUUAAAAUAAAAAUACAAAUGAUCUUGAUUAUAUAAUUGUGAUGAUUAUUGAAUGUAUUAUGCUUUUUGGAAAAAUACAUUUUGUUACUAAAUGAUG